AUGCUUCCAAAAAUAUAAGGAUAAACAGUUGGAAGAAAAGAGAAUUUGGCUUCUCAAUAGAUUGUAGAAGAUCAUCUAAAGAAUAUACUGAAAAAGCAAGAAAAUUAAAAUUAUAAAGCAUGGAAAACCCCAUAUGCUCCAAAGAAUCCUCAUUCACCAUUUGGAGAUUUUCCAAAAGAAUAUUUGCCAAAAGAAAAGGCUAAUUAAUAAAAAGUAAUUGAACCUGUUCAUGAGACUUCAUAAAAUGCAUUAAUAACAAAUAAAUAUUAAGGAACUCAUUAAGGAACAGGAGGAAGAACAAGCUCAUAAUUAUAGAAGAAAGAAGAAUAUAGGCCUGCACCACCAAAAGCAGGAGCAUAUGAUUAAAGAACAAUAUCAGUUUCAGAUUUCAGGAGAUAUUAUGAUCGAGGGGAUUUGCCUAUUAAAGUUGAUCAUUAAGGAAGUGUAAAUAGAAUUAUAUGGAAAAUAUCUCCAGAACAAUUGGAUUAUCAUCAUUAUUUGCCAAUCUUUUUUGAUGGAUUAAGAGAAAAAAUGGAUCCUUACAGAUUCUUGGCCAUAUUAGGAACAUAUGGAUUACUAGAAAAUGGAGGUAAUAAAAUAUUGCCAGUCAUUCCAUAAUUGAUUAUUCCAAUCAAAACAAAUUUGAAUACUAGAGACCCAAGUAUAAUGGAAGUUCAAUUAAAGGUAUUACAAAAAUUAGUGUUGAGUGGAGAAAUGGUUGGGGAGGCAUUAGUACCCUACUAUAGACAACUAUUGCCUAUUAUGAAUUUAUAUAAAAAUAGAAAUUCGAAUUUAGGAGAUUUUAUUGAGUACAACCAAAGGAAACGAGUCAAUGUUGGUGACUUGAUUUAAGAAACAUUAGAAUUAUUUGAGUAAACAGGAGGAGAAGAUGCCUAUAUAAAUAUUAAAUACAUGAUCCCAACUUAUGAGAGUUGCAUUUUAAAUUGAUUUAGAAUAAUAAUAAAUAUAUAUUAAUGAUUAAACAAAUUAUUUCAAAAUAAUACUCGAUUUUUAUUU